AUGCAACCCAUCACUUAUUUAGGAUUUACAUUAGUGUCUAUUUUAAUUCAAUUUUGUGUAAUGGAUUUCAUAAAUGAAAAUAUUGAAGUAGAUAAAAUGAUAGAAAAUGCUAGUAGGGGGCAUUCAAAACGUGAUAUGCAGGCAAUACUCACCAAAAUAUCUGAAAAGCCACAUGGACUAUAUUACCAGACCAAUAAGAAUGCUGUAACCAAAGUAAAAUCUCCAUUUGCCUUAUACAAAAAUGCCUCAUUGGUAGACGUGACAACUACAGAAAUAUCUAGCACAAUUCUUGACUGGGUGUAUGAUGAAAAUGUAACCACAACAGAAGAUACUCUCCAUAGUACUGAUAUGUUUACAAGCUCUGAGUUUGAGAAUGUUACGGAAAUAACAUUAUUUGAUAAAAAGAGCACAACUAUGAAACCAAAUAUAAUACCAAAGAAAUCUGAACCAAACAAAUGUCAAUGUGAUUUUAUGUAUAAAACUUGUGAUAUUAAUUGUUGUUGUGAUAUUGAUUGCUCUGAAACUGAUAAACUUUUAUUUCACUGUGAAAGGAAAACUUGCCCAGUAUCGGAUACUAACCAACUACAGUAUUGUUUAGAAGAUAAUGAAUGCAACAAUAAAAUGACACCAAAUUUCUUAGAAAAUUUAUUUUGUAUUUCUAAAACUAACUUACCCGAUAAACGCUUAACAGACAUACAGGUAAAUAUAGUAAAAACAAAUUUUGAUGAGGCAGCAAUUAAUAGGUCUCCUAAAUGGCAUAAGCACAACAGGCAAGAGGUUUUGUAUGAAUUUAAGAGGAAUAUGUAUAGAUACAAUGAGCCUGUAUGGUUAUCUAGAAAUGGAUCCAUAUUCCAUGCAGAUAUUCCAGUUAUAGUAACAAACCAUUACUGUUCUGGAAAGAAGACAAUUAAAUUCCUUGUAAAUGAAAAUGUUAAAUGUGUUGUAAAAUUGCAAGAUCUUCAUAUGUUUCAAGUGUUGAAAAAUGUGGAAGGAGGAAGUAUAUUAAGUCCAAUGACAAAUUUAACUAAUUCUAGUGAUAAGAAUAUGACUGUUCAUCAUACUAACUGGACUUUAUACAUUUGCGACCAGUUAGAAUGCAUUGCUUACAAUAAAAGUAGUCAUGAACCAUAUUGUACAGAAAGUUAUUGCAAUAAUAUUGCAACAAAAGUUCAUUAUACAUUUUACUACUUCGAUUCUAAAAUAAUUAAAGCAGAAAUAAAACUUUACAUUCAAAAAAUAACUAUGAAUCUUCAAUUUAUUAAUCAGAAUGUGAAGGUUACAUUUUAUCUGAGCAACAAACCAGAAGAGGACAUUUUAAAAUUAAGUGGAAAUCCUGGUUACAUUCCUAAUUUACCGAUUCUUAUCUCAACUGCUGAGAAUAAUCACACAAUGCAUUUGUUCAAUAAUUCAUUUGGAAUCAAAAAUAUUUUAAUACAUCCGGACAAUAUAAAUGGUCAUUGUAUAUUGACGAAUGUGUCAUAUAAAAUUGUGCAGUUUGGGCAAAACAAGAGAAGCAAAUGUCGAUUUACUAUUAAAGAAGAUAUUCUCAAUGCAUACAAUGCAACAACUGCUUGCCAAAAUAUACAGAAUAAUAUACUACAUUACCUUAAGUUGGAUUCUGUAACUUAUGUGGCUCCAUAUGGCAAUCCUCAGAGUAUUCCAGAUGAAAAUUGGAUUCAAAUUCAGAUGUUUGAUAAAGAAUAUAUAUAUGGAAUACUUGAUAGAAAGAAUUCUGCAUUACAUUGUAAGUGUAGUUACCAGAAUAGCUAUAUAAUUGCUUACGCCGAUACAAACAGCGAUGUAUCUAAAGAGCAAAACAAAAUAGUAUAUGUGAAGGUCGAAGGCACUGCACAAAACGUAACAUUCAAUAAUGACGAUAUAUCGACAGUUCUCACCGUCGAUACCAAUUUCAUAGACGUAAGUAAGCCUGAUGUGUUUGAGUAUGCGGGCGCACCGCAUUUGAAAAUUUACUUGCCCAAAAGUUUCUUUCUCCCUUCCAAUUCAGGAAACAUGCAAGACAAAAUGAGAUAUCUUACACUAAUACUAUUUGUAUUAUUUCCAUGUAUCAUUCGACUUAUUUAAAGGCAAUAAAAUAAACAUUUCAUAUUAA